GGGCGCUGCGGGCGCCUGCGCAGUGGGGAGGGUCGCCCUCGCGCCCGGGCGCCGCUGGAGAGUCCUCGGAGCUUGGCUGCGGCUGCUGGACUCAGAACCGCCGCACCAUGGCGGAGGAGGAGCUGGAGGCGCUGAGGAAGCAAAGGCUGGCGGAGCUGCAGGCGAAGCACGGGGAUCCUGGCGAUGCAGCACAACAGGAAGCAAAGCACAGGGAAGCAGAAAUGAGAAACAGUAUCUUAGCCCAAGUCCUGGAUCAGUCAGCCCGGGCCCGCCUAAGUAACUUAGCACUUGUAAAGCCUGAAAAAACUAAAGCAGUAGAGAAUUACCUCAUACAGAUGGCAAGAUACGGGCAACUAAGUGGGAAGGUAUCAGAACAAGGUUUAAUAGAAAUCCUUGAAAAAGUAAGCCAACAAACAGAAAAGAAAACCACAGUUAAAUUCAACAGAAGAAAAGUCAUGGACUCUGAUGAAGAGGAUGAUUAUUGAGUUUAAGAUGUUUAGAGACUGGAACUUAAUGGAACAGUUCUAGGACAGAUAACACUUGGUGGAAGUAAAGAUCUGAUUGUUUACUUUGUUUAUUGUCUAUAUGCCUUUUAAAAAAAUAAACUUGUUAUGCAAAAUAAAA